AUGGAUCAGACGCAGCUUCUACGCCUACUCGACAACCUGAGGUCGGCGGACAACUCCGUGCGCAAGGCGGCGGAGGCGGAGUAUGAGACAAUUGCCACGAAUAACGGCGUGUGGAUGAUGUGCAGCCUCUCGGAACUCUGCGCCGUCACGGAGAGCCCGCAGUCCAUGCAGAUGGGCAUGGUAUUGCUAAAAAAGCUCUUCAGCAGUAAGUCCAACUGCUACGACGUCUCGGAUGCGCAGACGCAGCAGGCCGUGAAAGGGCUCAUGUUGCAGGUGCUCGGGAAGGCGGCUUUCGGUGUACAGCGGGGAUUGGCCGCGGCGUGCGUGAGUGCCCUUGUCGUCAAGAUGCAUGCGCUGGGCCAGGAAUGGGGGGAGCUUUGGCAGAGUGUGUUUCAGAUCCUCGAGAAUGCGGAGUCGGCCUGUCAGCUCAAGACGAUCUGCUGCGAGAUCAUUGCCGCGACGGGUCCCACCAUGGCGAACUACUUCGAGGCCUACACAGCCAAACUGGUGACUGGAAUUAAGAAUUGCCUGACAGACCCCUCCGUGGAGGCGCGAAAGAGCGCCUUUGACGCCCUUGUCAACGUUGCCAUGUGUUACCCUGUGCCCGAGUUGGCCGAGUUGGUUCCCUUGAUGCUGCAAGCUGUACAGGACGCCCUCAACGCCUCCAACUGGGAUGACGCGGAGCAGUUGACCGGUAAACUCGCAGACGGCGUCGCCAAUGCCGCCGGGCUUUUUGUGGGUCACACAUCCGCGCUUCUGCAGGGAUUGAUGGAAGUGGCCUCGACACCGUCAGUAGGGGCGGGCGCACGUCACAUGGCCAUUGAGGCUUUACUGACCUACUGCGAGAGUGAGCCGAGGACGGUGCGCAAGGUGCCACACUUCUCCGCCUCCUUCCUGCAGCUCCUGUUUGAGUACACACUCAACCCCGAGAUGCCGGAUGACUGGGACGAGAAGGGCGUCAACCUUGACGGGGAGGACCUUGAGGAGGACAAUGAUGACACUGUUGGGAGCAGCGGGAUUGAUCGACUGGCGUCGGCGCUUGGCGGGAGAAAGCUGGACGCCUUGGCUCAACGGCUCUUCGUCGAAAACAUUCACUCUUCCGAUUGGAAGCGGCGUAAUGCGGCACUGCUGCUUAUUACGUACCUCGCGGAGGGCAUGGCGACGGUUCUUGAAAAGCAUCUUGAGCAAAUCGUUCAUAUGGUUAUCCCUGCCGUCCGGGAUGAGGUGAAGUACGUCCGCGCCAGCGCUCUGGAUUGCCUCACGCAGAUGUCCAGCGAUUUUGCACCGAAAAUGCAGGAGCAGUUGUCCGCGGUAAUUGUUCCAGCCGUCAUGGGGUGCCUCGGCGACAGUGUGCCAGCCGUUGCAACGCGUGCGGCCCGCUGCCUGGAUUCCUUCUUUGACCAGUGCGAAGAGAGUGAAAACGAGGAUGACACGCUCUUCCUCAAGCUGUUCGAAGGUUACAUUGAGGGCCUCUGCGUCUCCCUCGUGACGCUUCUGAAGCAGACACCGCACAGGUUUCUUCGCGAGGAUUGCCUCGGCGCCCUCUCUUCCGUCAUCUCCACCUGCAAAGGUCUACUGAAGCCGUAUGCCAGUCACCUUGUCCCUGUGUUCCAGGAGAUUUUGGCGAUGCCGGAUGCCCCGGAGACGGUCAUGAUGAAGUGCAAGACCAUCGAGUGCACGACGCUCUUGGCCUGUGGGGUGGGCAGGGAAGUUUUUGCCCCCUACGCCCAUGAUAUGUGCGGCUACCUGCGCGAUCUGCUGAAUCACCUGGCAAGGGGUUCGAAGGACGACGACAUGCGUCUGCGCUACGUGCUUCGGGGCUGGACAUGCAUGACGGAUUGCCUCAGGGAGGAGGUGGCUCCCUACCUGGAGAUUGUGAUGCCUGUGCUUAUCUCCAUGAUGAAUGUGGAGUGUGACACGGAGGUGGAGAACGCCGAGGUUGGCGUCGCCGACGACGACGAGGAUGAGGACGAGGAUGACAAUAAGGUGACCACCAUGCGCGUGGUGGUCCCCGGCGUGGGUGUCAGGAGGAUCAAAUUGCACACGGGCCUCAUUGAGGAAAAGGACCUUGCGGCCAGCGUUGUCAGCGCCAUGCUGUCGUAUGUUGGGCGGCAGCUUUUGCCGCACCUGCCGCAAAUUACGGAGUCCGCCGUGAAGCUGAUCAGCUUCCAGUCAGACUCCUCCAUCCGCGAGAGCGGGGCGUUGAUUUUAGACGGCGUGAUGGACGCAUACGACCCGACGGGGCGGGCCCAAGUGGCGGUUAGCGUGAUGUCCCCGCUCCUAAACCAGUUUGCGGAGGAGGACGACUUGGAGGCGUCGAGCGCCAUGUCGGUGGUGAUUAGCCGUUGCAUCGACGAUGCACCCACGCUUGUGUCACCGAAGACGGUGGACUCCAUUAGCGAGAAGAUUCUUGGGGUCUUGCAGCGCGCGAUGGAGAGCCGCGCGGAGAGUCUGCAGUCCCAGUUGCAGGAGAACGACGACGACGAGCUGGACAAGCUGAAGCAGGAGGAGGAGGAGGCGGACGCCCUCAUUCGCGACACCUGCGACCUCCUUGACAAGAUGCUCGAGCGUGCCAGCGCCGUCUUUGCCCCCGUUUUCAACACCAAGUUCAUCCCGGUCCUGCAGCGAAUGCUCAAAGGGGACGAAAAGGACGUCAUGGUGGCACGCGGUCUCGCGCUGCUGUGCAGUUUAGUGGAGCACGCCCCGGACCACGUGACUGGCUUAAUCCCCACGAUUGUCGAGAGCGUCAUCGACUUUGCUCGGCGGCACCAGGACGCCGAUGUGCUGCAAUCCGCCUUCUAUCUCAUGAAUCUUUUGCUGCAGUACUUUGAGCACCACGAGUAUCCUGCGACUCGGCAGUUUGUUGAGCAGGUGCACGGGAUUGUCACUCGUUACUUGGCCGUGCAGCACAACGAGGAGUACGAGGAUGCCACGUGCAACGCAAUUAGCACGACGGUGACGCUCCUCUCGCUGUACCACCAGCUUCUGCCGGAACAGGAACAGGCACAGACGCUUGCCCGCGUCGUGAAUUCCCUCCCCGCUGGCGGGGACAAGACGGAGGCGUGCCGGGUGCACGAGCGUGUGCUGAUGUGGGUCGUGCAGCGACACCCGCUGCUGAAGGGAGACGAGGCACAGGCGAAGACAAUUCUUCUGCGACUCCAGGCGGCCGACGAGGACGUGCUGAACGAGUCCACGCGGGCCCAACUUGCGCACAUGUAG